GGAUUGAUCCGCACAUGCAUAUGGAUUCAAUCGAUAAGGUGAAGUUUCUCUUGGCUUGCCUCGCACCUUCUCAAUUAAUAUAUAUAUGUAUGUAUGUGCUUUGGUGUCUGUAUAUGACAUAUGUGCUCAGUGCCUCCGCCAAAUCAAAUAAAAUGGAUACUGAAAUGGUUGAGAGCAUUGAUGUCACAGAUGAUGCAAGGAGUUUUAGCUGGGCAGUGGACAGCGCCAUAAGGAGUGAUACUGGGUCCAUUUUUGGAGAAUCUCGUGUCCGUAGCUUUGCUUCGUUAGUUGACAGUGCCAUAAGGAGUAGUAGUGCUACUGAAGCAGAUUUGGAAUCAUCCCUUGUCCAGGCAGAAGACAGGGCGAUGAGGACUGUUGCAGCACGAUUAACAAAAGCCGUGUCAAAUGCAAAAAGACAUUUUGCUAAAGGAUUAUUUACCCGGGCUGAGCUUAUACCAGUCACCCAGGCUGAGCUUGAACCAGCCACCAACAAUUUCCCAGGAUUAUUAUUUACCCUGGAUGAGCUUAAAGCAGCCACCAAUAAUUUCUCAUUUGACAACAAGAUUGGUACUGGAGGCUUUGGUAUUGUUGAGUACAGAGGCAAACUCAUUGAUGGUCGUGAGGUUGCAAUCAAGAGGGGUAAAACCUGGUCAAACUCAUUUGGUAAGUCUGAGUUUGCCUUGUUCUCCCGUUUACACCACAAGAAUUUGGUUGGGCUGGUUGGAUUUUGUGAACAAAAAGAUGAAAGGCUCUUGGUGUAUGAGUACAUGAAGAAUGGGGCGUUGUAUCAUCAUUUGCAUGACAAGAAGGGUAGCAGUGUGUUGAAUUCAUGGAAAAUGAGGAUCAAAAUUGCGGUCGAUGUUUCUGAGGGAAUACAAUAUCUUCAUAACUAUGCAUCUAUUAUUCACAGAAAUAUCAAGUCUUCCAAUAUUCUUUUCGAUGCUACUUGGACAGCAAGAGUAUCUGGUUUUGAUUUUGCAGUGGGAACCUUUGGAUAUGUUGAUCCUGAAUACUUUCACCUAAAUGUGGUGACGGAAAAAAGUGAUGUGUAUGGGCUUGGAGUUGUACUGCUUGAAAUUCUAACAGGAAGGAGAGCUGUACUCAAGUAUGGGGCGAAAGAUUAUGUAUGCACCCCAAUAAAAAGUGUGGUGGAUUUUGCAGUGCCUGUUAUUUUGGCCGGAGAAUUAGUGAAAAUUUUGGAUCCAAGGGUUGGACCACCCGAUGAGAAUGAGGCCGAGGCAAUGGAAUUAGUGGCCUAUACAGCUAUUCAUUGUGUGAAUUUGAAAGGGAAAGAUAGACCAACCAUGGCUGACAUUGUGGUCAAUUUGGAGAGGGCUUUGGCUAUUUGUGAGAGUAGCCAUGUAUGAUAGGCAUUUUCAUCGAUACUAUCUCUGUUGAAAUCAAAUCUAAAGCUCUUUUAUUUC